AUGGAACGGCCGACAUUCAAGCCAAUUGGCACACCAUCCGAGGAACUCGACACGCCGGCACUCGUAGUAGACCUGGAUGCCCUGGACGCGAAUAUCAAACUGGUUCACGGUGCCGUCAGGGCAAGUGGCGCCAGCAUCCGACCGAGUCUGGACUCCCACCUCUGUCCAGCAAUUGGACACAUUCAAGUUGGCGCCGGAGGCACGAAUGGGGUGGCGGUCUCCACUCUCGGACAGGCAGAAGUAUUCAGCCAGCACGGAUUUAGCGACAUUCUGCUAACGAACCUCGUAGUUACUCGUCCGAAGAUUUCCAGGGCUGUGGCCUUGGCCAGGAGGAUCAAGUUGGCUGUUCUGGCCGACAGCGCCAGCAACGUGGACACUCUGUCCGCUGCGGCUCAAUCGUCUGGAUCGACAAUAGGUAUCGCAGUGCCAGUCAGGACCACUACAACUACAAUCGGUGUAAUCCCGUCCGAGGCGCCCAGUUUGGCAGUCCACAUUGCGGGUUCUCCGAACGUGGACCUUGCUGGAUUGGUCAGUUCUUCGGGCGUUGAACCUCUGCUGGAGGCAGCGGCAGCCUGCCAGGCAGCGGGCGUUCACGUCCCAAUGGUCGCCGUACAAGGCUCGGCCGACCUCGAUGCCAGCGCGGCCUCCGACGGCAUUAGUGACGUCCUGGCCGACUCCUACGCCCUUAAUGACAACUCGCUUGCUUCCCGCAGGCCCGAACUCCAGAAGGCCGCCCGAAUUCUCGCGACCGUCGUAAGCAGCAAGGACGACGGCCUGGUUUGGGUUGACGCUGGUCUGAAGGCAACCAGCAUCGACACGGGGUUGCCUGCUGUUGACAAUGUGGAUGGAGCGGUGGUGCCGAGAAUGAGUGCCGAACACGGCGCAUUAGUAGAUGAGGGAAACCUGGGCUGGGAUCUCGACCUAGGUUCCAAGGUCUGGCUCGUUCCCGACGAUAUCGCCAACACCGCCAAUGUCUACGACUACAUUCACGCCACGAGAAACGGUCAGCUCGAGGCCGUCUGGGAAGUCUCCGCCAGGGGACGCUACAACUAA